AUGGAUGUUUUUGAGCUAAACGAGACCUCCGUGAGCUCAGAGGAGACACUGAACAUCUCUUAUGGCAACGAGUCCGCGCGCCUCAUUCCACAGCGCGCCAGGCACGGAGAUGAAGACCACACUCUGCGGAUCAUUCUCUACUCUCUCAUCUUCUUCCUGAGUGUAUUUGGCAACCUGCUGAUCAUCGUUGUGCUCACUGUCAACAAGCGCAUGCGCACCGUCACCAACACCUUCCUGUUGUCCCUCGCCGUCAGUGACCUGAUGAUGGCCAUCUUCUGCAUGCCCUUCAACCUCAUCCCCAGCAUCCUGAAGGACUUCAUCUUUGGAGCUCCUAUGUGUAAGAUAGUGGUCUACCUCAUGGGCAUAUCAGUCAGCAUCUCUACAUUCAGCCUGGUUGCCAUAGCUAUUGAGCGCUACAGUGCCAUUUGUAAUCCCCUGAAGUCUCGGGUGUGGCAGACUCGUUCCCAUGCCUACCGUGUCAUCGCAGCUACAUGGGUGCUGGCCUUUAUCAUCAUGAUCCCCUAUCCAGUCAUCAGUAACCUGGAGUCUUUUCGGCGCCCUGACAACACCACUGCACACCAGUGUCGCCACAAGUGGCCUGUCGCGACUGCAGAGCAGACCUGGUAUGUUCUACUCCUGCUUGCACUGUUCGCCAUUCCAGGAGUGGUGAUGAUUGUUGCCUAUGGACUGAUCUCCAGGGAACUUUAUCGAGGCAUUCAAUUUGAAAUGGGACACAAAAAAGACUCCACCGAUGUGAAGAAUGGCCUGACUUCCACCGUGUCUAACGCCAGUGACGAUGGAGACGGUUGCUAUGUUAAUGUGGUCCAACGGCCACACUCACUAGAGAUGUCCACCAUGUCCGCUACAUCAACCAGAUCAGUGAAGGCAGAAAGACCUCGCAGUAACACAUCGGAAGCCAAGUUGGAGGCCAAAAAGCGAGUCAUUCGCAUGCUGGUGGUCAUCGUCGUCUUGUUCUUUCUCUGCUGGAUGCCUCUGUACUGCGUCAACACCUGGCGGGCCUUCGAUGACGCCUCUGCGACAGGCGCUCUUACAGGUGCACCUAUUGCUUUCAUCCACCUGCUGAGCUACACCUCUGCGUGCGUCAACCCAAUUAUUUACUGCUUCAUGAACACGCGCUUCCGCAAAGCUCUGCUUUCCACGUUCUCGUGCUGUGCCGCACCGUGCCGUCGUCGCCGAGGGCUACGUGACAAUGAGGAGGACGUUAUGGCAACAGGGGCGUCCAUGUCCAAGUUCAGUUACACCACCGUGAGCACCAUGGGAACCUGCUGAGGAAGAUGGAUGCAGGCAAAAUCU